AUGGAGAGAGCCAGGCCAGAGCCGACGCCGCCGACGCCGCGCCAACCGCCGCGCCCGUUGCGUCCCGCUCCGCCCGCGAAGGCCGUCGAGGCCGCCACCUUCCGGGCCGCGGCCGUCGAGCAUUCCCAGUCGCCGCCGGGCCAGGCCUCGGCCGCCAUCGGUGCGGUGGCCUCGUCGUGCGGGGAGGCCGCGGCGGCAGGUGCGCAGGCUGGGACGCGGCGCCUGCUGCAAGUGAAGCAGGAGCAGGUGCUGCUGCUGUCUCCCGGACCGCUGCUGCCUCAGGCUCCCGACGAGAGCGCCGCCGCCGCCGCUGCUGCCGCUGCCUCGUCCGCGCAGGCGCGCCUGUUGCAGCUGAGGCCCGAGUUGCUGCUGUUGCCGCAGCAGUCUGUGGCCGACGGAGGCCCUUGCAGGCCGGAGCUGCGCCCCAUGCAGCCCCGGACGCUGCUCGUCAAGGCGGAGAAACAGGAGCUUGGGGCGGGCUUGGACCUGUCGUUGGGAUCUCGGAGGACCACCGAGGCCGGCCCCAGAGCCUCCAGGGCCGCCAAGUUGGAUGGCACCGGGAAGGCCCUCGAUGGCCGCCGAGGGGAUGAGAAGAAAGCCAAGCUGGAGGCAGAGGAGGCAUCAAGGGAUGCACUGAAAGGCGGGGAAGGCAGGAGCCUGCUGGUCAUGGGAGAAGGAGUCAUCAAGACUGAGGAGCCAGACAGACUCAGGGACGACUGCAGGAUGGGCACGGAGGCCACGUCCAAUAGCCUGGUCCAGUGCAGCAAGGAGGCCAUCCUGGGCCAGCCUCCCAGUGCUUUUGGUCCGCACCAGCAAGACCUGAGGUUCCCUUUGACUCUCCACACGGUGCCUCCUGGGGCCCGCAUCCAGUUUCAGGGACCUCCGCCUUCAGAGCUGAUACGGUUGUCCAAGGUCCCCCUGACACCAGUGCCUAUUAAAAUGCAGUCCUUACUGGAGCCUUCUGUAAAAAUUGAAACCAAAGAUGUCCCCCUCACCGUGCUUCCCUCAGACGCAGGAAUACCUGAUACUCCCUUCAGUAAGGACAGAAAUGGUCAUGUGAAGCGACCAAUGAAUGCAUUUAUGGUUUGGGCAAGAAUCCACCGACCAGCACUAGCCAAAGCUAACCCAGCCGCCAACAAUGCAGAAAUCAGUGUCCAGCUCGGGUUAGAGUGGAACAAACUUAGUGAAGAACAAAAGAAACCUUAUUAUGAUGAAGCACAAAAGAUUAAAGAAAAGCACAGAGAGGAAUUUCCUGGUUGGGUUUAUCAGCCUCGUCCAGGGAAGCGAAAACGCUUCCCUCUAAGUGUUUCCAAUGUAUUUUCUGGUACCACACAGAAUAUUAUCUCUACAAAUCCUACAACAAUUUAUCCUUAUCGCUCACCUACCUACUCUGUGGUAAUUCCCGGCCUUCAGAACACCAUCACUCAUCCAGUUGGUGAAGCCCCAUCUGCCAUCCAGCUGCCCACACCUGCAGUCCAGCGCCCAAGCCCCAUCACACUUUUCCAGCCCACGGUCUCCAGUACUGGCCCGGUGGCCGUCCCGCCUCCAAGUCUGACGCCCCGCCCAUCUCUCCCACCUCAGCGCUUUACUGGGCCUUCCCAAACUGACGUUCAUAGGCUCCCUUCGGGAACCAGUCGCUCUGUGAAGAGACCCACUCCAGUCUCUCUGGAAAGCACCAGCAGGAUUCCAGCUGGUGCAAGUACUGCCCAUGCCAGAUUUGCAACCUCACCUAUCCAGCCUCCCAAGGAGUAUGCCAGCGUUUCCACUUGUCCCCGAAGCACUCCAAUACCCCCAGCUACUCCCAUUCCACACUCACACGUCUAUCAGCCCCCGCCCAUUGGCCACCCAGCCACACUGUUUGGGACGCCACCUCGAUUCUCGUUUCAUCACCCUUAUUUCCUACCUGGACCUCAUUACUUCCCAUCAAGCACGUGCCCUUAUAGUCGGCCUCCUUUUGGCUAUGGAAAUUUUCCGAGUUCAAUGCCAGAAUGUCUUGGUUAUUAUGAAGACAGGUACCAAAAGCAUGAAGCUAUAUUUUCAGCUUUAAACAGAGACUAUCCUUUCAGAGACUACCCAGAUGAGCACACACAUAGCGAAGAUUCUCGGAGCUGUGAGAGCAUGGAUGGACCCCCUUACUACAACAGCCAUGGCCACAGUGGGGAAGAGUACUUGAACCCCAUGCCUCCAUUGGACAUUGGAGCCUUGGAAAAUGUCUUCACAGCCCCAGCAUCAGCUCCCUCUGGCGUCCAGCAAGUCAAUGUCACGGACAGUGACGAGGAGGAAGAAGAAAAAGUGCUCAGGAAUUUAUAA